UUAAAAAAAAAAAAAAAAAAAAAGAAGCCCUAAUUAUCAGAUUUUCCUAAAACCCCCUUCCUCUGCAUCUCUCUUCCUCGGCCUUCAACUUCAAUGGAGGAGGAGGAGGUUGUUCAACUGUAUCUUUACGAUACUCUAAGCCCACUUUCAUUCUCCGCCGUCACUACCACCGAAAGCGGGGACCAAUUUUCGCCGUCCGAUGACCUUGAGCCCUACUCUGUUUUCCGCAACGAGAUCUCUCUUUCGACUACCCAUCAUGCUCCGGCUGAGACUGCAGCACCCGAGUUUUUUGCCCUUGAUGUUGCUGCCGACAACGUGGAGGAAAUUUCGGGUUUGUCUACUCCUUUGCCGGGUACUUCGGCUCUGGAAACUGAGCCUAGGACGCCGGAACGUGAGGAUCAGUCUAAGCUUGAAAGUGGGUGGUUCCGUGGCAAUAGUGGAUUCAAGAGCCCUAUGCUACAGUUGCAUAAAGAAAUAGUUGAUUUUAGCGAGUUUCUAUCUCCAACCGAAGAAGAACGUGUUGCACGUGACAAUGCAGUAGAAAGGGUUUUUAGUGUUGUCAAACAUAUAUGGCCUCACUGUAAGGUUGAAGUUUUUGGAUCGUUUCAGACCGGACUUUAUCUUCCGACCAGUGACAUUGAUGUUGUUAUUCUGGGUUCAGGCAUCCCAAAACCACAACUUGGUUUGCAAGCUCUUUCCAGGGCUUUAUCACAAAAGGGAAUAGCAAAAAAGAUUCAGGUUAUUGGAAAGGCUCGCGUGCCAAUAAUUAAGUUUGUCGAAAAGCUAAGUGGUAUAUCUUUUGAUAUAAGUUUUGACGUGCAGAAUGGACCAAAGGCUGCUGAUUUUAUAAAGGGUGCAAUCAGCAAGUGGCCUCCUUUGCGUCCUUUGUGUUUGAUUUUAAAGGUGUUUUUGCAGCAGAGAGAACUGAAUGAGGUGUAUUCUGGUGGACUAGGUUCCUAUGCACUUCUUACCAUGCUUAUGGCAAUGUUGCAGAGUUUCAAUGGGCCGCACUCUUCUCUUGAACACAAUCUGGGAGUCCUUUUGGUACAUUUCUUUGAUUUUUAUGGUCGCAAAUUGAAUACUUCUGAUGUUGGUGUAUCUUGCAAUGCGGGAGGCAUUUUUUUCUCGAAGAGUUACAGAGGAUUCAUGACAAAAGGACGCCCGUGUCUUCUUUCCAUUGAGGAUCCUCAGGCACCAGAUAAUGACAUUGGCAAGAAUUCCUUCAAUUACUUCCAGAUAAGAUCUGCAUUUGCAAUGGCCUUUUCGAUCUUGACAAAUGUUAAGACCAUUUUAGGGCUGGGUCCAAACCGGAGUAUUCUUGGCACAAUAAUCAGACCUGAUCCAGUCUUGUUGAAGCGAAAAGGUGGCAGAGAUGGAGAAGUGACCUUUAAUUCUUUACUGCCUGGAGCAGGGGAACCUAUACAACAACCAGAAUAUGGGGAUGAUCUAGAGAUGCUGUGUAAUUGGCAGUUUGGUGAUGAUGAACCAUUGCCACGAGGGAAUGAUGCAUCCCAAAAUUUUGGUACACCUUCCUCUAAGAAAAGGAGAAAAUCUCGCAAUAAGUCCAGAAAGAAACAAAAGGAAAACCAUAAGAGUAAGCGCAGGCAUGAAGACAAUGGAUACAGUAAAGAAAAGAGUUCAAAAAAGAAACGAUGGAAACUGAAUGGCAGUGAUGCCAAUGGUUUUGGGCAUGCUGGCAGAAGGUCUCCUUGGAACCGAUAAUCCAUGCAGGUUCUUGACUAGUCCAUUGAACUUAUGAUCUCUACGAGACUGAUAAGUUUUUGAUGAUGCAUUGGAUUGGCUACCACUCGGCUCAAAGUUGCACCGGCAGGGUGACAUUGUCUUCUAACAGUAUUACUACAGGAAAGCGAUAUUGAUGCUGACCUUGUGCAGCUAAUGAGAGGGUCACUGCGGCCGUUGCUGGAGCUUGUAUGUUUAGACACCAUACUCAACCUGGAGGUGGAGUGGCCUAGUCUACUUUCAGGUAAAAAUUUUCGACAACAUUUAUUAUUGUUUUUAAUAUUUAUCAUUUCUUUCAUCUUUUUGACAUUCAUAUGUAUCUCUAGAAAUAUAACGAAAUCAGUGUUCUGUUAUGUAUCCUCUAGUGAUAGUAAUAGAGCAUUCUUACUCCUUUUUUGGCUUCUUGUUCAUCCUGAACUUUAUUGAUCAAAGACUUCGAAAUAUAAUGUUCACCUACAUAUAGGAUAGUAAAAUAAAA